ACAAUCUGACUGUGACUAUUCAACGAGUUUGUCGCGGGGAUUUCUGUGCCUUUCCUCGCGCUGGAUGCUCGAUUAUUCCUCUUCGACUUCUAGUGUCUGCUUCACUGUCUCCCGCUUCCCCGUUUCGACCAAUAGCCUCGCACCAACGCCAAUAAUUGGAAGCGGAGUUGAUUGGCUAGAUCUUCUUGAAGAAUGGCGGCCAACGUGACUACCAAUCCGUCCCAGCUUUUGCCGCUUGAACUGGUAGACAAGUGUAUAGGCUCUCGUAUUCACAUUGUAAUGAAAAGUGAUAAAGAAAUUGUUGGCACGCUCCUAGGAUUUGAUGAUUUUGUCAACAUGGUAUUAGAAGAUGUCACUGAAUUUGAAAUAACACCUGAAGGAAGAAGAAUCACAAAGCUGGAUCAGAUUCUGCUGAAUGGAAACAAUAUAACUAUGUUGGUUCCUGGAGGAGAAGGACCAGAAGUAUAAAUAUUCAUUUGACAUCACUGCAAGAAGUUUUGUUGCAUAUUCUGUUUGAAACAUAUUGCUAGAAUAUGUUCUGAAAUUUGUUAAAUUUCUGUUCUUACAUGUCAUAGUGAUAUUUAAAUAUAACAUAGUUUCUUUUUCAAGGAUGCAGCAUCUUUAAUAAUAGUUUUGUACAUUAAAAUCAUGACUUUGUUGUAAAAACAAAAUUAAUUUGCUAUUAAGGGCAAGAAAAUAAAAUGUUUUUUUUAAUUCUGAUUAGUAUGUGGUUUAUGUAAGAGCUUGGAAUCAAGUAGAUGUAGUUGUUUCAAGCAUUUCUACUUCAAAUUAAGGGAUUACAGAGUUGUAAAUAGGGAUUUGAGGGUGAAGGAUUAGUAUUUUAAAUAAUAGAAAAUAUACCAUUAAAUACAUAAAAUAAUAAAAUCGUGAUUCCAAAAGCUUAUUUUAUUUCUCUUAUGAGUUUCCCUUUAAUUAAUUUUUGUACUCAAAAGAUAUGGUUCUUUUCUCCUUGAAUGAAAACAGAAAUUGUUAUUUGAGGAAAUAAUAAAUGAAAGAGAGAUUUUGAUCUAGAGCACUAGCCCAGAAGACUGAUCAGGUAAUCCUCAUUUAACAACCAUAGUUGUUGUUAUUAAAUUCUGAGAUUGCUAAGUGACAUAUGACUAUUGCAAAUUUAACACAUUGCUUUCAGAUUGUUUCUUAAGUCAUUGUGAGUCGCUAAGCAAAACAUAAUGUGACCACAACUUUCAUUUUGACUGCCAGCUUCUCCAUUGACUUUGCUUUUUG